AUGCAUACAGCAGCAGGUAGCUGUAGAGGAGCGAGUGUUCUGUUUCUUUUAGCUAACUGACGUUACCUAUUUAGAAGAUUAUUUUUUACUUUGUGUAGUUGUGCUGUGUUUUGUCAAAGCUUAACAGCUUAAUCGUUUGUCAAGUCAGUAAACUGGUUUCUUUUUUAAAUGCCAAAUAACGUUGCCGCAUCAAUGAGAAAGGGGUCAACGGUUCAGAAGGUAGUUGUACCUGGUGCUAAGUCAACCAAAGCAGCAAGCAAGAAAAAGGAUGAGGACGAGGAUCCGGGCGAAGGAUGGGACGAGUGGGCCCAAGGGAAAGCUCUUAUUAAGCCCCCAGAUCAACUGGAGCUCUCUGAGGCUGAGCUGAAAGAGGAAAUCACAAGGAUCCUGACUGCAAACAACCCACAUGCCCCCCAAAAUAUUGUGCGCUACAGCUUUAAGGAACGUUCCUACAAGCCUACCAGUGCUGUGGAUCAGAUGGCUGUUCACUUUGUUUUGGAGGGCAGCCUUUUGCAUGAAGACUCUGAUGAGGCUCGUAGACUGAGGGCCAAGGAGGGUCUCCCUGAGGAAACUGCAACAGUUGAUACUGGAGUGGAACCUGAUGAGGAUGAACCAGAAACAUCGGAUACACCCGUAGAGGAUGGAGGGGAAGUGGAGGAAGCAGGAGAAGAGGACAGACCAGACAGUGUCGCCUCUAAAACCGACAGGAAGGAGCCAAAAGUUACUAACCAGUUCAACUUCAGUGAGAGGGCCUCCCAGACCCUCAACAACCCACUGCGGGAAAGAAGCUGCCAGACUGAACCUCCUCCACGCUGCACCUUCACCGCCACAGCUACUCAGUGGGACAUCUAUGAUGCGUAUGUGGAGGAGCUGCAGAAACAAGAAACAAAUAAAGAGAAGCAGAAGGCUGUAGCAUCAAAGAAAGAUAAUGACAAAGGCAAAAAGAAGACGCUGCUGAUGGAGACUCAGACUGAUGACAUCACCAAAGUGGGAAAGGCGUCCAAGAUCUUUGAGCGAAUGGUCAAUCAGAACUCUUUUGAUGACAUAGCUCAAGAUUUCAAAUACUUUGAGGACGCUUCUGAUGAGUUCAGGGACCAGGAGGGCACCCUUCUCCCUCUGUGGAAGUUUCAAUAUGACAAAGCUAAGAGACUGUCUGUCACUGCCCUCUGCUGGAAUAAGAAAUAUCAGGACCUUUUUGCUGUGGGAAUGGGAUCGUACGACUUCAGUAAGCAGGGGCGUGGCAUGCUAGUCUACUACUCCUUGAAGAACUCUGCCUACCCAGAGUUCAUCUAUCCCACCCCUUCUGGCGUCCUGUGCCUGGACAUCCAUGAGCAGCAUUCCUACCUGGUGGCCGUUGGCUUCUAUGACGGCUGUGUGGCUGUCUACAACAACAAGGAGGAUGGAUCGGAGCCUAUGUAUAAGAGUACAGCUAAGACUGGCAAGCACACAGACCCCGUAUGGCAGGUGCGCUGGCAGAGCGAUGACAUGGACAAUAACCACAAUUUCUGUUCAGUGUCAUCUGAUGGACGAGUUGUGUCCUGGACUCUAGUCAAGAAUGAGCUGGUCUUUACAGAUAUUAUCAGGCUGUCACUGAAUGCUGCUGUCUCCGAGGGCGCGGAACAGCAGCCUGGCAUCGCCUGUGGUACCUCGUUUGACUUCCAUAAGCAGAUCGACUAUCUCUUCCUUGUUGGCACAGAGGAGGGAAAAAUACACAAGUGCUCCAAGACGUACUCAAGCCACUUCCUGGAGACCUAUAACGCCCACAGCAUGGCAGUGGAUGCAGUGAAGUGGAACCACUUCCACCCCAAGGUUUUCAUCUCCUGCAGUUCAGACUGGACCGUCAAAAUCUGGGAACAUACCAUCAACCCUCCCAUGUGCAAACUUUAA